CCUCACCCCUAAAAUUCACUCUUUUCGGAUGGAUGCGGCUGAUCUCUACGGAGCUGUUCGGCAGCGGGCUGUCUGAGACUGCUUCCCACUGGUACGCGGUGAUUCAUUUGUUGCAGUUUUUUUGGGAGCGCAGUUUAUCGUUGUCUUCAUUUUACAAAGAUUUAUCAUGAAGGCCUCAUUACCACUACUUCCGCUCUUUGCUCGCCCGCUUCUGGGCCACAGAGACUCAAGUCAUGCUGAGAUAUGCGGACUCGAGCAAUCACCUAUUCCUUUAGUCAGCCCGGUCUGCCUUGUUGAUCCGAAUUAUGCUGGGUUUCAAAAGAACUCCAGCAGGCUAAGUCGGCAUUCCUGGACACAAUCGUCGCCAUGUUCCAAGGGCGAGUGGUCAGAGCAGCACAUCUGCGUCUUCACAAACGCAUCCUUCGCCGGGGGAAGAGGGAUCUCGCUCGUGACAACGUCCCGGCGAGCCAACUAUCUCGCCACAACCCCCGCAUUUGUUGAGCCGGGAGUGGUCGAAGGGAUUAACCGCGGCCUCAGCUCAGCCAAAGCCGAGAUGAGAGAAAUCCCAGGCAAGGGCAUGGGCCUGAUAGCAACAGCCCACAUCCAACGCGGCGAACUCUUGAUGGCCGAGACCCCGUCGCUCAUGGUCGACUACCGCGCCUUCGACGAGCUCAGCAAGGAGCAAUACACCUCCCUCCAAGCCCACGCAGUCCGGAACCUGCCUGCCCCGCACAGCGCCCUAGUCCUCAGCCUCUCCACCCACACAACCAACACCAGCCACCUCACCUUUGAAGAGCGCAUCGACCUGGUAGCGUCCACCAACUCCUUCGACAUCGAACCGGACGACGGCGACGACGCCGACCAGCACAACAGCUUCUACUCCCUCUUCCCGGCCAUCGCCCGCUUCAACCACGACUGCCGGCCCAACGCAGACUACCGCUUCUCGCACCGCACGCUGGCCCAGUACAUCCACGCGGCGCGGGACAUUGCCCCCGGGGAGGAGCUCACCCUCUCGUACAUCAACCCGCUCAUGUCGCGCGCCGAGCGCCAGGCGAGGCUGAGGCAGUGGGGGUUCGAGUGCGCCUGUCCGCUGUGUGCGGUGGAUGGGGAUGUGAGGCGUGAGGAGUCGGAUAGGAGGAUCGAGAGUAUCAAGAAGAUCCGUGAGGAGUUGGCGGAUUGGGACAGGGGGAGGGAGAGCAGCAGGGCGUGUCCCCAGAUGGCGGAGCUGUUGGUCAGUCUGUACCGGAUGGAGAGGCUGGAUACGAUCAUGUAUGAGGCGUAUAUGUUUGCUGCGCUGGAGUAUAAUGCUGCCGGGGACCCGUGGACGGCGGUCAAGUAUGCGCGGCUGGCGGUCGAGUGGGGGGUGCCGAUGGUUGAGGAGGAGGAUGAGGAGCUGGCGGACGUGAGACAGCUGGCGGAGGAUCCGUGGGGGCAUUGGAGUUGGUUGAAGAGGGUGAAAUAGCUCACCAGGAGGGACGGGGAGGGUAGGAUGGGAGAAUCCGGGAGGUGUUUCAGUGAUAUGACUUAUGAUACGGUUGAGGCGUUGUAGGUAUAAG